AUGCUGACUUCUAGGAGAGACGAGCGCCUGCGCAGCAUCAAAUGGAUAGGCCAACAGGGCGAAAAUGACUGCGGUUUGACCUGCGCAAAGAUGGUCCUGGCCAUGAUUCGGCGCCUCAGGACGGCCUCAGGAGCCUCUCCGUCUCCGCGCGACGGCGGGCGAGGCGGGCAGCCUCCGCCGAUCUCGGCGCCGCAGCCGCAGAGCGCAGCGCCGUCGCGGCAAGAAGCCGAGAUUCGGCGACCGCGUCGCGCCGAAGCCGGGAUCAGCUGCGUCCCGGGAGAGCGGCCUGAGGAGGCUGGACCGCCUCUGGAGCUGUCUGCAGGAGCAGAGGACACGAACAAGGAUGCAUGCACGUUGCCAGCUCCGACAAGCCUCGAGCCCCCCGGCGGCGGCCUGUGGGCAGAUUGGCUCGCCUCGACUCAGCAGGCGUGGGUGGCGUUUUGGCGGCGCGGGGAGUCGGCGCUCAGGCGCCAGGCAGGCGAGGGCGCCCUGCCGAAAAAGAGAUCGAGGGACGGGGUCAAGGCGGCAGGCGCGUCCGCCGCAGACGUCGGCGUGGUGCAGCGCCGCGAGGAGACCGUGCGACUGUGGCAGCGGCUCGCGAACGGCGCCUGGACUGUCGAUCUCUUUCUCCUCUUUCUCCACCUCGGCCUGGGGCGUGCGUGCUUCCUCACGACCGUCUGCGAAGGGUUCAACGCCUCCCACCUUCAGCGGCGCUUCUACGCGGAGGCCGAGGCGGACGAACCGCAGCGCGUUGAGCGCCAGUUCGCUCGCGUCAAAGCCGCUGGCGGCGUCGUCCUCAACAGGCGCGUUUCGCGCGAGGAGCUGCGGGCAUUCCUGCUGACCGACGGCGUGGUCAUCUGCUUGCUGCACAGAGGCGUUCUCGACGCCUAUCUGACCGCCGUGAGGCGGGCGGCGCCCUCGGCGUCGGGCGCCGCCCUGCGCGCGCGAGCGAGGAAGGCGGCCGCAGAGGCUGCCGCGAGCCUAGAGUACGAAGGUCACUUCGUCGUGCUUGUAGGCGCGCGGAAGGUCUCCCAUGAACGCUUUUUACGCCUGGUAUGCAUGGAUAAUACUCGACUCUUCUAUAGUUCAACCGCGACUGGGGGGUCCUCGCUCUCGAUGCCGCUCGGAUCCGAAGGCGUCCGCAGCUUCGCGCCUUCGUCCCGCGCUGCCUCUUGCGAGCCCAACGCCGCAUCGGAGAGGCUGGAUGCAAGCCAGAAGGCCUGCGCGGAGGCCUCACCCGCGCAGCCAGCUUUUUCAGGAAAUCCCACAACGAGCGUGGCGGCGGCGGCUCGCAGGAUGCAAGCUCGAGGGGAGCCGUGGGGGGCGCCGAGAGCCAAGAACGCGUGUCGGCCGCGGAAGGUGGCGAACGGGGUACUGGAGCUGGAGGCCUCUGGGCCGUCUGAGCAGGGCGAAGAUGCGAAUGGAGAGAAGGCAACUCGAUCUUCGGCUGCGCACUUGGAGGGGGAGGGGGAGGAGGGGGCGGGCGCGGACGCCUUUCGAGGCCGCACAGGUGCUGCGAACCAAGAGGAGGGCGACGAGGUUGGAGGGAAGCGGCCGCGAGCUUCAAAGGAGCCGCGUUGCUUCUGGACGUGCCUGCUCAUCGACCCUGCGGAGCCUGGAACGAAAGAAGUCGACGAGGAAGUCCUGACACUAUCCAGAACGGCGCCCGGAACCGACGAAGACCUUCUCUUUGUCUCGACAAAAGGCUCAAUCGACUUGGCAGCGUUCGCUAGCGGACCGCCUGAGCUGUGA